CCCACUUCCCUUUAAAAAAAUUAAAAAGAAAUCACCGCCAAAAAUAGGGAGGCUUCCUCCAAGGCUGUUAGAGGACAGGCUCAUCUCUCUCUUGAAGUCAUGUAAGAAUCGCCGAUGGCUCCACCAAAUCCAAGCCCAGAUCAUCGCCAACGGUCUCCAUCGCGACCCAUUCCUCGCCCCUAAGGUGGUUUCCUCCUCCUUCCAAGUGGGAAAUCCUGACCUCGCCCGCCGAUGGUUCGACCGAGUUCUCCUCCCCAACACCGUUCUUUGGAACGUCAUGCUCAAAGGCCACACCGAGGCCGGGCUCCACGACCAAACGCUCCAUCUGUUCAACCUCAUGAACCGGACCGACGCGCGGCCGAGUCGCUACACCUUGCCCCUCGUCAUCAAGUCCUGCGCCGGCAUCCCCUCCCUGACGGAGGGCGAGCAAGCGCAUUGCUUUGCGAUCAAAACCGGUUUUGAGGCCAAUGUGUUUGUUGGCCCGGCGUUGAUCGAUAUGUACUCGAACCGGGGUGUGAUCGAGUCUGCCUACCGAGUAUUCUCCCAAAUGCCUGUGAAAAAUGUGGUCGCUUGGACUGCUGUCGUAGCCGCGUUUCUCUCGGCAGGGGAUGUGAAGUCGGCAAGAGAGCUCUUUGAUCAGGCGGUUGAGCGUGAUGUCAUCCUGUGGAACACCAUGGUUUGCGGGUACACCAGGCAUGGAGACAUGGAUGCGGCGCAGGAACUCUUUGCAAGAAUGCCGGACAAGGACAUCAUAUGUUGGAAUACCAUGUUGCUUGGUUAUGCCAAUUGUGGAGAUCUUGAGGCAUGCCUGCGAUUCUUUGAGGAGAUGCCGGAAAGAAAUGUGUUCUCUUGGAAUGCACUGAUUGGAGGGUAUGCUCGUCAUGGCCGGUACUACGAGGUUUUGCAUGUGUUAACUUGGAUGCUGGGAUUGUCUGAUGUGAAGCCAAAUGAUGCAACUCUGGUGAUGGUAUUGUCUGCCUGCUCGCGGCUGGGGGCUCUCAAUUGGGGAAGAUGGAUUCAUGUGUAUGCCGAAGGCAAUGGAUUCAGAGGGAAUGUAUAUGUUGGAAAUGGACUUAUUGACAUGUAUGCAAAAUGUGGUUGCAUAGAGGGUGCAGUCUCAGUGUUUGACAGCAUGCGAACAAGGGAUCUUGUCACUUGGAAUUCAAUGAUUGGAGGGUUGGCAAUGCAUGGAUAUAGCAUGGAAGCAUUGGAGCUUUUCGAUCGGAUGAAGGACAUGGGAGAAAAACCUGAUGGUAUCGCACUUGUUGGAGUGCUAUCUGCUUGUGUGCACAUGGGUCUGGUUAAAGAGGGGUUCAUGCACUUCAGAUCGAUGACAGAGGACUAUGCAAUUGUUCCAUGGAUAGAGCAUUAUGGAUGUAUGGUGAACCUCCUUGGUCGAGCUGGCUUGCUUGAUGAGGCAUUGGAUUUUGUAAGGAAGAUGCCAAUUGAACCUGAUUGUGUAAUAUGGAGUGCUUUGCUCGGAGCAUGUCAGGUUCACAGAAAUGUUGGAUUGGCUGAGCUUACUAUGAAUCAGCUUGUAAGGCUUGCACCGGAGGAUGCAGCUAAUUAUGUGGUGCUCUCUAACAUUUAUGGAGCUGAUGGGAGAAGUGAAGAUUCUGCUAAACUGAAGUUGAUGAUGAAAGAAAGGACUAUGGGGAAGUUUCCUGGCUGUAGCUUGAUUGAAGUUGACUCUGAGGUGGUGGAGUUCUUUUCAUCUGAUUCAAGGCAUUUACAAACAAGGAAGAUAUAUGGGUUAUUGGAGGGAUUAGCAAAGCUAUCAAAAUCAGCAGGGUAUGAGACUGAGCUUGAUGACCUAUAUUAAGUAAAUGCCUGGAUGAUUCAUCAAGCUUUAGAAAAAUAAUUCAGGCAAGGGUAACUAUCCAAAACUACUACCUGUAUUUCCAUGUUGAGAAGCGUGGCUGGAGUCUAGGGUGGACAUUGGCCCAGGAAGAGGUUAUUUGGUCCAUGCUGGUGCUCUUGCCACACAGCAAAGCAGCUGCUCCAAAUUCAAAUUCUGCAUCCUGCAUUCUUGCAAGAGAGGUCCAGUCAUCAUCGAUCUCAUGCUGGGGUCAGUGCCUUAAAAUCGAAGCUUCUGUCUGCUUGGGCCAUCGACCAGCCUUCUUCCUUCUCAUCAUUUGACCUGGUUGUAGGUUGCCUUGACACAAGGACGACAUCCGAAAAGCCCCAGAACCUCAAACUCCUCACACCAGGCCUGGACCACACUUGUGGCCUGUUGGAGGAUGACACUUCUACAGUGGUCCCAGUUGUGGGAGGGAGAAGAGCAGGUUUUCAGUAAGACUUCCAGACAGAAGAUUGUCCACAAUUCACAUAUAGUUUCUGAUUGCCAUUGAUCUCAUUAGUUUGUUGUGAACUAGUCAUAACCCUCUUGAAGGACUACGGAAGAAUUUAAGUGGUUGGCAGGAACAUGAUAAUAGCAUGCACCCGCUCUGAUUUUGUGGUGGCAAGGGAUUGGCUUGUUGCAUCUUGCUAUCAACAUUCUACAACUCUAAAAUCGCACCAUGCUCAGUCUGCAGCUUUAGUUGCCAGGCCACAGGCAACAAAGGACCACCAUGUGCAGGAUGUGUAUUUUUUGGAGCACUGUGAUAUUGUUUAGUUAUGGAUCUCAUUACUGUUGUUGCAAUCAAUCAAUCUAAUGAUGGCAGGCAAAGAGUGAAGCACUUGUUAGAAUCA